CUUUCUUUCCGUUUCCUCUUCCUGAAACGGAGGCCGUUUCUGAGAAACAGCGUUUCCCCGAGGCCGGGCCGGGCUGAACGUGCGGAGUCUCCGUCUCCUGCGAGGGCGGACGGUGGCUGAGCCUGUGGACCAGGGACGUGCACCCACGUGAGGGAGGGGCAUGGACAGACCGGGCGAGGUGGCCGCACAACUGCAGGAGUGCCUGCACCUGCUGCAGCAGCUGGCAGAGGCUCCGGGAGCACCUGCACGGGACCAGCGCAGAGAUGAGGACCAGCCGCACGGAGCUGCACUCCCCGAUGAGCUGCGGACCCUCCUCCAGGAGGCCAAGGGCAUGGCGUGGCCCUUCGUGCCUGAGAAGUGGCAGUACAAGCCCGCCGCGGGCCCCGAGGACAAAGCCAACCUGCAGGACCUGGUGGGCGCCGGGCUGCAGCAGCUACUGGUGUCCCUGAAGGCCGCAAUCCUCGACGGGGAUGGUGCCACGGCAGCAGCCAUCCUGUUCCUGAGCGACCGGCUCCUCUAUGGGCUCGACGUGUCCCACCAGCUUCUACGGAUCGCCAAGGCGCUGCACCGACUGUGGCCCGCCACGCCCAUGGCUCCGCAGCUGGUCAUCCGUCAGGCCCGCGUGGCACUCAACGCAGGGAAACUUUUAAAAGCCGAGUACAUCCUGAGCAGUUUGAUCAGCAACGAGGGAGCAACAGGCUCCUGGCUGUACAGACACGAGAGCGACAGGGUCCUGGUGCAGUCCGUGUGCGUGCAGGUCCGAGGGCAGAUCCUGCAGAAGCUGGGGAUGUGGCAUGAAGCAGCGGAGCUCAUUCGGGCCUCGAUUGUGGGGUUUCUGACGCUUCCUCAGCCAGACAAGAAGGGCAUCUCCGCCUCGCUGGGGAUACUGGCCGACAUCUGUGUGUCCAUGAGCGAGCAAGACUACGAGAAGUUCAAAACCCACCCCCACGUGGCCUUGGGCCUGACGAGGGACUGUGCCCAUCGCCUGCUGUUGGCCGCUGAAGCCUGCAAGCUGGCCGCCGCCUUCAGCCCCUACACGCCCCUCUUCGUGCUCACGGCCAUGAACGUCCGGGGCGCGUGCCUGCUGUCCUACGCCGGUGCCGGCGCCUGUCCCUCCGAGAUGCGGACGCUGUAUCUGCAGGACGCCAGAGAGGCCUUUGAGAUCGGCCUCCUCACCCAGCGCGGGGACGAGCCGGUGCCCGGGAGGCAGGGCCUGCACAGCUUCCUCAGGGCCGCGCUCGGCCUCUGCACGGCGCACCGCAGGCUCCACGGGGACACGGGGCCGAGCCGCGCCGCCCGCCGGCUCUGCCGGGAGGCCGUGGGGAAGCUGUAUGCCGUCACGGCGGCCGCAGCCCCGGAGCGGGCAGCGCUGUCUCGGGAGAUCAUGCGUGGGAUCACGCAGGUGAAGGACCUGCUGCCGGUUCGGAGCUUCCCAGGUUGGGAAGACGGGGCGUACGUCCCUGCGGGCUUCAUGCGAGGUCUGGACAGGCCCCUCCUGCUGGGGCGCGUGGCCUUCCCGACGGUCCUGCAGGCCCACGCCCGGCACCACACCGCGGUGUGUGGGGCGUUUGAAAGCAUCUGUGGAAACAAGAAAAAUGAACAGAAGGAUCCAGACCCGGGCGUCUGCAUCACGGCACUGAGAACGGACACACGGGGCCCGGACGCCGCGAGUGCUGAGGACGGGCCGUGCCUCCAAACAGGAGGGGGGCCGUCUCCCUGCCGGGCAGCUGAGAGGAGUCCGGAGGCGCCCCCGCGGGCGGGGAGGAGGGACUGGAUCCGUUCGGACACACUCCGCGUCUCCCUGGACCCAGACGUGGAGACCGAGGCUGCGUCGCCAGUCCAUGGCAGCGGGGUCGCUGCUCCGAGUGGCAGCCGGAGUCCCAGUCCCUGGAGCAGGCUGUCCGGACGCAGCUUCUCCUCCAGCUGGGAGGAGGUGGACACCCACGUGGACAGCAGGUCCCCCGGUCACUCGCCCGGCCGGGGACGCCCUGUGGACACUCGGGGGCCCACGGCCGGGGCGGGCAGCCCUGGGAACCGCGCAGCUGUGCGUGCUCUGUCCUCGGAGCUUCAAGGUCUCUCUUUCCCGGCGCCCGAGGACGGCCCUUCCGAGUCCUCUCGGAGCCACGCACCCUCGGCUGCCUGCCCUCCUGGGAGCACCGCGGGCGCUCCCGUGCCCUCCGGGACAGGGCUGGCGGAGGGAGGCCCAGAGGCAAGGCGGGCAGGCAGAGCCACGGGCCCCAGGGGCGCCUCUGCUCAGGCCAGGCCCUCACUGGGGUCUGCGUUUGGGUCUUCUGGUUCCCGUUGGCCCCAGAGUGUGGCCGCACAGCCUUCGUUCCAAGAGGAAGAAACCUCUGAGGUAAUGGAUGAGCUCCCAGCAGUCGGUGACGAUGCCAAACGCGGGUCUGCAGAGGGGCCGGGGGCAGGACGCACUCGAGGAGCAGGCCCUGCAUUUCAAGGGAGCCCCUCUCGGGGGACCCCAGAAGAAGCCGCUGAAUCCCACAGAGUCCUGGGCGAUUCUCUGGGCGCAAGCUCCGCAAUGGCACGUCACUCUGCCACGUCACCGUGGCCCGUUCAACAUCUGCAAUCAGGACACAGCGGGGGCCCCGUCCAAGAGCAGGAGGCGGACCCCGAUGCCUCCACUGUGGACGAGCGGGGGCAGCUGCUGGACCCCACCGGGCCGCGUGGCUGCCCCAGGCCAUGUGCUCCGAGGCCGCCCCCUGCCUCCAGGAGCCACGAGGCCUGCACCACCACAGAGGAGGGGAACGAGCCCGCCCAAGUGCUCAGCCUCAGCGGCAGCGGGAGCUCCGGCUCCUCCUGGGGUAGCUGGUGGAGGACGCCCACUGCGUCCAGCGGGUCCUCCGAGGGGAGCAGGCCCUGGUCCUUCCUGAACUCCAGCGCGAGUUCCUUCAUGUCGUUGGCGGGAGAGACGCGGCAAGAGAUGCUCGAGGCUCGCACACUGCAGCCCCAUGACCUGGAACGGCUCCUGGCGGGUGUGACACAUGACUGGCUGCUCCAGAGGCUGGAGGGCACAGGGGUGUUUAGGCCCAGCCGGCUGCACCAGGCGUACGAUGCUCUUUUGUUGAAAUAUUCCAAGAAAUCGGAGCUGUGGACGGCCCAGGAGACUGCUGUAUACCUGGGGGACUACCUGAAGGUGACGAAGAUGGGCAGGCAGAGAAACGCCUUUUGGGUUCAUUAUCUCCAUCAAGAAGAAACUCUGGGAAGGUACGUUGGGAAGGCGUACAAGGAGCCGAAGGCGCUGUGGCUGCACUUCUCUGACGUGGAGCGCCAGGGGACCGCCCAGCACUACGUGACGGAAUUCAACAAGCGACUCUAUGAGCAGAAGAUCCCCACCCAGCUCUUCUACGUGCCCGCCGCAGCGCUGCUGAUUUUAGAGGACGAGAUGAUAAAAGGAUGUGUCAGUGUGGAGCCUUACAUACGGGGGGAGUUUGUAAAAUUAUCCAAUAACACGAAAGUGGUGAAGACAGAGUACAAAGCCACCCAAUGCGGCUUAGCUUUCGGCCACUUUUCCUACGAGUUUUCCAACCACCAGGAUGUCGUCGUAGAUUUACAAGGCUGGGUGACCGACGACGGGAAGGGGCUGCUCUACCUGACGGACCCCCAGAUCCACUCGCUGGGCCGCAGAGGGGUCACCACCAACUUCGGGGAAAGGGGCAUCUCCUACUUCUUCAACCACCAGCACGCGCAGUGCAACGACAUCUGCAGGCGCCUCUCUCUGACAAGACCGCCCACUGAGACACGAGACAACCUGUAGGCUUUCUGGGGAUGCAGCAGCCACGAGCCACCCUUGGGGGCGGGUCCCCCUCAGGUGCGCAGGGUCAGCACAGCCUGGGCCCAGGGCCGGGGGCUGGGGCUGGGCUGGCCAAAGAUUGCGAGAGGAGCUGAUGAGUCCAUUUCAGGCUCACACUUAGACCCGUGCCAGACCUGGGGUCUCUCUCCCUCUUCCACUUACCCCUCACCGCCAUCUCCCCCAAGGAAUGUCUGCACGUCUACCCCCUUCUUGGUAUUUGCUUCUUAAGAACACAAACUAACACGUUUAUUAAAGAAAUGGGCCCUAACCAUUUUGGCUCAGUGGACAGAGCGCCAGCCUGCAGACUCAGGGGUCCCAGGUUCGAUUCCUGUCAAGGGCAUGUGCCUUGGUUGUGGGCACAUCUCCAGCAGGAGGCAGCUGAUUGAUGUUUCUAACUCUCUAUCCCUCUCCCUUUCUCACUGUAAAAAAACUCAAUAAAAUAAAAUACAUUUUUUUAAAAAAAGAAAUGGGAAAAAAUAACCUUAUUAACAAAAUAAAGGGGGAAAUCAUAUUAUAAUAUCAAAUGAUACAGAAAAAAUACUUAUAAUUGA